CUUGCCCGUGUCAGCGUGUUGCCAACAUGGCUCCCAAAAAGAAGCCAGUCAAAAAGAACAAAGGAGACCUCAACGAGACAACCAUCAUUGUAGAAGACAGCCCCCUAAACAAACUGAAUGCUUUGAAUGGGCUCCUGGAAGGAGGCAAUGGUCUUAAUUGCAUUUCUUCUGAAUUAACAGAUGCUUCUUAUGGCCCCAACCUUCUGGAAGGUUUAAGUAAAAUGCGUCAGGAGAGCUUCCUUUGUGACUUAGUCAUUGGCACCAAAACCAAAUCCUUUGAUGUUCACAGAUCAGUGAUGGCUUCAUGCAGUGAGUACUUUUACAACAUCCUUAAAAAAGACCCAUCUACCCAAAGAGUGGAUCUCAAUGAUAUCUCACCUCUGGGCCUGGCCACUGUCAUUGCCUAUGCCUACACUGGCAAACUGACUCUCUCCCUGUAUACAAUAGGAAGCAUUAUAUCUGCUGCUGUGUAUCUUCAGAUACACACUCUAGUAAAGAUGUGCAGUGAUUUUCUGAUACGAGAAAUGAGUGUUGAGAACUGCAUGUAUAUCGCUAACAUUGCUGAAACAUACUCCCUGAAAACUGCCAAAGCAGCAGCCCAAAAAUUUAUCCGCGAUAACUUCCUUGAAUUUGCAGAAUCAGAUCAUUUUAUGAAACUUACAUUUGAGCAGAUUAAUGAACUCCUUAUAGAUGAUGAUUUACAGUUGCCUUCUGAAAUAGUAGCAUUCCAGAUUGCAAUGAAAUGGUUAGAAUUUGACCAAAAGAGAAUGAAACAUGCUGCAGAUCUUUUAAGCAACAUUCGCUUUGGCACCAUCUCUGCGCAAGACCUGGUCAAUUAUGUUCAGUCUGUACCAAGAAUGAUGCAAGAUGCCGAUUGUCACAAACUUCUCGUAGAUGCUAUGAACUACCACUUGCUUCCAUAUCAUCAAAACACAUUGCAGUCUAGGCGCACAAGAAUCCGUGGGGCCUGUCGAGUCCUCCUCACUAUUGGGGGUCGCCCAGGCCUUACUGAGAAGUCCCUUAGUAGAGACAUCUUGUAUAGAGAUCCUGAAAAUGGAUGGAGCAAGCUUACGGAAAUGCCAGCCAAGAGUUUCAAUCAGUGUGUGGCUGUAAUGGAUGGAUUUCUCUAUGUGGCUGGUGGUGAAGACCAGAAUGAUGCAAGAAAUCAAGCCAAGCAUGCAGUCAGCAAUUUCUGCAGAUACGACCCCCGCUUCAACUCCUGGAUACACCUGGCCAGCAUGACUCAGAAGCGCACGCACUUCAGCCUGAGCGUGUUUAACGGGCUCCUUUAUGCUGUGGGCGGCCGCAACCCCGAAGGCAGCUUGGCCUCGCUGGAGUGCUACGUGCCCUCCACCAAUCAGUGGCAGCCGAAGGCACCCCUGGAGGUGGCGCGCUGCUGCCACGCCAGUGCGGUCACCGAAGGCCGAGUGCUGGUGGCCGGAGGUUACAUUGGCAAUGCGUACUCGCGCUCUGUGUGCGCGUACGACCCGGCCAGCGACUCGUGGCAGGAGCUGCAAAGCCUGAGCACGCCCCGAGGCUGGCACUGCGCCGUCACGCUGGGCGACAGGGUGUAUGUGAUGGGGGGCAGUCAGCUGGGGCCGCGCGGGGAGCGCGUGGACGUGCUGACCGUGGAGUGCUACAGCCCCGCGUCCCGCCAAUGGAGCUACGCGGCGCCGCUGCAGGUGGGCGUGAGCACCGCGGGGGCCUCGGCGCUGCACGGGCGCGCCUACCUGGUGGGGGGCUGGAACGAGGGAGAGAAGAAGUACAAGAAGUGUAUCCAGUGCUUCAACCCUGAGCUCAACGAGUGGACGGAGGACGACGAGCUGCCCGAGGCGACCGUGGGCGUGUCCUGCUGUACCCUCUCGAUGCCCAACAACGUGACCCGGGAAUCCCGAGCCAGCUCGGUGUCUUCCGUGCCAGUCAGUAUCUGAACCCAGGUAGAUGCGGGGAUGCAGGAAGAACAAAUAUGUAUUCGUGAUUAAGCUUUGAGUUAGCGAAAAGGAAAAUAUAGAACAUUUACUACAAUGAUUGUGUUUUAAAAUAUAUCGAGGCA